AUGAGGGGAGGGGGGCCCCCCGAAGGCAGCACGCGGGGCCCCCCUGGGGGCCCCCACCAGGGGGCCCCCUUGGGGGCCCCUUGGGGGCCCCCUGGGGGCCCCUCUGAGGGGCCCCCAAAGGGUUUGUUUGAGACAACAGGGGUCCCCCCUCCUCUGGAUCGGGAGUUGCAGCAAAUGGGGAUGGAGACGAGCUGCAGCAAUUGGCGCGUUGCGCUGUUUGCUUCUGAUUUGGGGUUUGUUGCUGCUGCUGCUGCUGCAGCAGCAGAAGCAGCAGGCGCAGAAGCAGCAGCAGCAGCAGCAGCAGCAGCAAAAGCAGCAGCAGCAUCAGCAACAGGGGAGGACUCUGACGAGGGCUUCGAGCCCUGGGACCUAUCGAGCAGCUCUGAAGAGGAUAGCUUGUUUGCGUGCAGCAGCAGCAGCAGCAGCAAAAGCAGCCGCAGCAGCAGAAGCAGCGGCAGCAGGAACAGCAGCAGCAGCAGAAGCAGCAAACUAUGGAACCGCCCAUGUGUUAUAAAUCUGCGAAUUUAUAAAAAGGCGAAGGAGAGGAGACAAAAUAAUGAGGCAAACAAACAGCAGCAGCAGCAGCAGCAGCAGCAGCAACAGCAACAGCAACAGCAACAGCAACAGCAACAGCAGCAACAGCAGCAACAGCAAAGAGAUAAAGACAAAGAGACAAGGAGAGAGAAAGAAGCAGAGGCAGCAGCAGAUAAUGAUAAAGAUAAAGAUAAAGAUAAAGAUAAAGAUAAAGAUAAAGAUAAAGAUAUAGAUAAAGAUAAAGAUAAAGAUAAAGAUAAAGAAAGAGACAGACUCGUCGUUGAAGUCUCCGCUAAUUUUUUUCUUCAAGGUAGCGGGCCUCGCUUUCUCCUCUCCGCUGCCCUCGGCUGUCCUCUGUCCCCUCUUCGAUCUCUUCUUGCUGCAGCAGAGGCCUCAAUCAUAAACCAAGGGGGCCCCCCAGGGGCCCCCCAGGGGGGCCCCCAGGGGACCCCCCAGGGGGCCCCCCAAGGGACCUUCCAGGGGGCCCCCCAAGCGACCCCCCAGGGGGCCCCCCACGGGACCCUCCAGGGGGCCCCCCGAGGGACCCCCCAAGGGGCCCCCCAAGGGGUCCCCCAAAGGACCCCCCAGGGGGGCCCCCAAAGGACCCCACAGGGGGGCCCCCAAAGGGACCUCCAUAGGGGCCCCCAAGGGGCCCCCCACGGGGCCACCCACGGGGGCGCUUGCCCUCUGGUUCCUGCUGCUGUGCUUCCGUACAGGCAGCAGCGGCAGCAACAGCAACAGCAACAGCAGCAGCAGCAACAACAACAACAGCAGCUGCAGCAGCAGCAGCAGGAGGCGUUGCACGCACUUCACGCAUCGGUCGCAGCAGCAGCAGCAGCAAGAGUGAACAAGGCUCCAGGAGCUUGUUGCAGCGGCAUCAGAAGCAGCAGCGGCAGCGGGAGCAUCAGCAGCAGCAGGAGCUGCUGCAGCAGCUGCUGCUGCCUCUGCCAGCAGCUCCGCAUGCUGCGUAGUUUGGUUGUGGGUAUAAAGCACCUCUUAGAAGAGCUAAAGACAAAACCAGCGAAAGAUAUAAUAGCUGAGGCUCUGAAAGAGACAGAUAAAGAAAGAAGGAGGCCCCUUCAAGAUAACCAAGUGAAAUACUAA